UGUCAAUGCAGGAGUAUUGCAGUUCACAACAGAUAAUUCUGAAAAGUUGCCAGAGAUAAAAUGUUUGAGCUCAUUAAAGCAAUCCAAUAGAAAAUUACCCUCUAUUUUGUAAGAUCAUAUGUUAGUAACAAAUAACGUCUAUAUCUAUACAUUUCCUACUUUAGAUGCUUUCUUGUGUUUUUAAUGUGAUGCUGUGGUGGUGUCAAGGCCCAGUAAGUAUAGUAAUAAUCAUUACAAAUUGAUUACAACACUGAGCAAGAGAUAGCACAUUCACUGUUGUACCAAUCAUAGCCUUAUGUGUGUCACCACUAAGUAGACAAAAAUCAUUAAGCAUGAAAGCCAAAGGUGGUCAUAUACAUAGUAACUCCGAGACUUGAAAUGUUUCAUCUUGAUUUUUAUGGUUUCACUUCUGAAAUUUAAAAGUGACCGUGCCGAAUAAAAUCUCAAUGUUUCUUCAAUCAAGAAACCUGCCCAGGAUUUUUGAUCCUAGACUAGUUCCACUUAACCUGGGCCAAAGAGAACAGGUAACCCGGUCCGUUUGUUAUCCUGUCCCCUGAGUUCUUUGCAGGAUGCGCUGGAACUCAGCAGGUGUAGACCUGCCCUCUAGUGGAUCUGGGUGCGCGACGACUUAGGUUCAACGUCUGCUGUGUCGGGCUUGACAAGGAUUAUUAAACUCAAUCGUCCAUCAAAAGUGACCUGUUGGGGGUCUGGAUUAGGUGCUGAGCAAGUGAAAAGUUCAAGUGGCAAAAGAGAACCUGCGGCUGAAGGUAAUGCCCGUUCUUCAGCUUCCAUCUGGGGACACGAGGCUUUCAAUUGUUCCAGCCUCUCGGGUUGCACACUUGAACGGAUGCGAAGCCCUCCCCUGAGCUCUCGGAGCUCUUGGCUCUUUGCACGCGGGCGCUGAGGCAAACCCCCAUCGUGAUGGAACUUUGGGAAGUGGCCCCGCGGGGCCCCGCCCCGCGGUCAGCGCAGAGCAGCCGUGACUGGCUUGCAAGUGAAGCCGCGGGGUCCCCGCGUCGCCUGCCCAGAUUGUGACGGCCGCCCAGGGGGAGCGGCUUCCCACCGCAUCGUCGGGGCGCUCAGACACCUCGGGGGCCCAGAACAUGGCUGCGCCUGCCCGCUCGGUCCGGGCCAGCGGCUGCUUCCUGAGGGCGCGCGGCCGGCGCGGGAGAGCUGGCAGCUCUCCCACGCUUGCGCCCGGCGGGUGGGUAGAAACGCCGGUCACGUCUCCGGGGUGGCCAAGGGGCCUCCGUAGGGCAGGUGGGGCCGGGGCCAGCGCCCCCAGCCAGAGCACCUCGGGCGGACGCUCAGGCUCCGCUCAUUUCCGCCGUCCGUGCCCGGGCGUGCAUGUGCGCCUGCGCGCGCGCCCCUCGCGGCGGAAGUGGUGGCGACAAAGCUCGGUCCGCCUGGGCCCGGGAGUGCGGGGCGGGCCCAGGGUGCGGGGCGCGCCGGGGCGGCGGGCGGUGGGGAGGGCGGAGCCCAGGAGGCGGAGGCGGGAGCAGACCAGCACAGCCGCACCGAGCCACCCGAGACCAGUCCCCUCACCUGCUGCCCUUCCCGCCCCACCCGCCCUCCCGGUUGCCGCCCCCACGCCGGGAGAGGCGCCCGUCUGGCGCCGCCGCUCGGCGAGCCGCUCCCGCGAGCCCGCGGGUUGCACGUUUUCAAAAAAUUCCUAAUGCUGAAAAUGAGACAAUGAUUCCUGUAUUGACAUCAAAAAAAGCAAGUGAAUUACCAGUCACUGAAGUUGCAAGCAUUCUCCAAGCUGAUCUUCAGAACGGUCUAAACAAAUGUGAAGUAAGUCAUCGGAGAGCCUUCCAUGGCUGGAAUGAAUUUGAUAUCAGUGAAGAUGAGCCACUAUGGAAGAAGUAUAUUUCUCAGUUUAAAAAUCCCCUUAUUAUGCUGCUUCUGGCUUCUGCAGUCAUCAGUGUUUUAAUGCAUCAGUUUGAUGAUGCUGUCAGUAUCACUGUGGCAAUACUUAUCGUCGUUACAGUCGCCUUUGUUCAGGAAUAUCGUUCAGAAAAAUCUCUUGAAGAACUGAGUAAACUUAUGCCACCAGAAUGCCAUUGUGUGCGUGAAGGAAAAUUGGAACAUACACUUGCACGAGACUUGGUUCCAGGUGAUACAGUUUGCCUUUCUGUUGGGGACAGAGUUCCUGCUGACUUGCGCUUGUUUGAGGCUGUGGAUCUUUCCAUUGAUGAGUCCAGCUUGACAGGAGAGACAACACCUUGUUCUAAGGUGACAGCUCCUCAGCCGGCUGCCACUAAUGGAGAUCUUGCAUCAAGAAGUAACAUUGCCUUCAUGGGAACACUGGUCAGAUGUGGCAAAGCAAAGGGUAUUGUCAUUGGAACAGGAGAAAAUUCUGAAUUUGGAGAGGUUUUUAAAAUGAUGCAAGCAGAGGAAGCACCAAAAACCCCUCUGCAGAAGAGUAUGGACCUCUUAGGAAAACAACUUUCCUUUUACUCCUUUGGUAUAAUAGGUAUCAUCAUGUUGGUUGGCUGGUUACUAGGAAAAGAUAUCCUGGAAAUGUUUACUAUUAGUGUAAGUUUGGCUGUAGCAGCAAUUCCUGAAGGUCUUCCCAUUGUGGUCACAGUGACUCUAGCCCUUGGUGUUAUGAGAAUGGUGAAGAAAAGGGCCAUUGUGAAAAAGCUACCUAUUGUUGAAACUCUGGGGUGCUGUAAUGUGAUUUGUUCAGAUAAAACUGGAACCCUGACGAAGAAUGAAAUGACUGUUACCCACGUAUUUACUUCGGAUGGCCUGCGUGCUGAGGUUACUGGAGUUGGCUACAAUCCAUUUGGGGAAGUGAUUGUUGAUGGUGAUGUUGUUCAUGGAUUCUAUAACCCAUCUGUUAGCAGAAUUGUCGAGGCGGGCUGUGUGUGCAAUGAUGCUGUAAUUAGAAACAACGCUCUAAUGGGGAAACCAACAGAAGGAGCCUUAAUUGCUCUUGCAAUGAAGAUGGGUCUUGAUGGACUUCAACAGGAUUAUAUCAGAAAAGCUGAAUACCCUUUUAGCUCUGAGCAGAAGUGGAUGGCUGUUAAGUGUGUGCACCGAACACAGCAGGACAGACCAGAGAUUUGUUUUAUGAAGGGUGCUUAUGAACAGGUGAUUAAGUAUUGUACUACAUAUCACAGCAAAGGGCAGACCUUGACACUCACCCAGCAGCAGAGAGAUCUGUACCAACAAGAGAAGGCCCAGAUGGGCUCUGCAGGGCUCAGAGUUCUUGCUUUGGCUUCUGGUCCUGAAUUGGGACAACUGACGUUCCUUGGCCUGGUGGGAAUCAUUGAUCCUCCUAGAACUGGUGUGAAAGAAGCAGUUACAACACUCAUUGCCUCGGGAGUGUCAAUAAAAAUGAUUACUGGAGACUCACAGGAGACUGCAAUUGCAAUCGCUAGUCGUCUGGGAUUAUAUUCCAAAACUUCCCAGUCAGUCUCAGGAGAAGAAAUAGAUGCAAUGGAUGUCCAGCAGCUUUCACAGAUGGUGCCAAAGGUUGCGGUAUUUUACAGAGCUAGUCCAAGGCACAAGAUGAAAAUUAUUAAGUCUCUGCAGAAGAACGGGUCGGUUGUGGCCAUGACAGGAGAUGGAGUAAAUGAUGCAGUCGCUCUGAAGGCUGCAGACAUUGGAGUUGCAAUGGGUCAGACUGGCACAGAUGUUUGCAAAGAGGCAGCAGACAUGAUCCUGGUGGAUGAUGAUUUCCAAACCAUCAUGUCUGCAAUUGAGGAGGGUAAAGGGAUUUAUAAUAACAUUAAAAAUUUUGUUAGAUUCCAGCUGAGCACGAGUAUAGCAGCGUUAACUUUAAUCUCACUGGCUACAUUAAUGAACUUUCCCAAUCCUCUCAAUGCCAUGCAGAUUUUGUGGAUCAAUAUUAUUAUGGAUGGACCUCCAGCUCAGAGCCUUGGAGUAGAACCAGUGGAUAAAGAUGUCAUUCGUAAACCUCCACGCAACUGGAAGGACAGCAUUUUGACCAAAAACCUGAUACUUAAAAUACUUGUUUCCUCAAUAAUCAUUGUUUGUGGGACUUUGUUUGUCUUCUGGCGGGAGCUGCGAGACAAUGUGAUAACACCUCGGGAUACAACAAUGACCUUCACAUGCUUUGUGUUUUUUGACAUGUUCAAUGCGCUAAGUUCCAGAUCCCAGACCAAAUCUGUGUUUGAGAUUGGACUCUGCAGUAAUAAAAUGUUUUGCUACGCAGUUCUUGGAUCCAUCAUGGGACAGUUAUUAGUUAUUUACUUUCCUCCACUUCAGAAAGUUUUUCAGACCGAGAGCCUAAGUAUACUGGAUUUGCUGUUUCUUCUGGGUCUCACCUCGUCAGUGUGCAUAGUGUCAGAAAUUAUCAAGAAGGUUGAAAGGAGCAGGGAGAAGAUCCAGAAGCCUGUUAGCUCGACAUCGUCGUCUUUUCUUGAAGUAUGAUGCAUAUUGCAUUCUUUUAUUUGCAAACUAGGAAUUGCAGUCUGAGGAUCAUUUAGAAGGGCAAGUUCAAGAGGAUAAUGAAGAUUUGAGAACUUUUGAACUUUUUAUUGACUAAAAAUGAGUGUUGAAGACUUGAUUUGAGACUUUAACCUGCUGACAGUCCCAAAUGAAAUUAUGCAACUUUGAUAACAUAUUCCUUGAUUGAAAUUGGCUUUUGCGAUUGAGUGGAACUUCGUAAAGUGUAUGGGCAGUUAUUUAAUUUAAAAAACAAGCAAAACCUGAACCACCUUCUGCACUUAAAGAGGUCUAACAGUUCAAAUAUACAGUCUAUCCUAGAUAAAUAUGAUUUUUUUUUAAUUUUUAAAUAUUGUACUAUUUAUGGUGGUGGGGCUUUCUUACUAAUACACAAAUAAAUUUAAUCAUUUCAAAGGCAUUCUGUUUGGUUUAGAAGUUGAUUCCCAGGAGUGCCAUAUUUCAGCUACUGUAUUUCCUUUUCCUGCAGUGUAAGCAGCUCAGCUACCUUGUGUUACCAUUUUUGUAUCUCAAGUUUUUUGCACAGGAUGUGACCACUGUCAGAUCACUGUUCUUUUCUUUCUUUUUGUGAUUGAAAAGCCUAUACUGCAAUUUGAAGUAAAUGUUUGCUUUUCUUAGUAAGUGUAAAUGGUUGCCUUUUUCUUCUUCUUUUGUUUUUUGGUAUGAGUCUUUGGUCUAGCACAAUUAAUACAGGGCUGUGGAGUGGCAUUCUAGGUAGGGUAGCCAUGUCUGUAAUUAACACUUAGUCAUGGAGUCAAAAAAAUUUAAGACUGGUUGGGCUGAUAUUUAUAGCAGAUUAUGUUAAUGUGUUAUGCCUUCUUUUAGAGUUAAAUAUCAAUACAUACUUUGUCAAGUAUCACCUUGACAAAGUCAUCUCCUAAAUAUAAAUCUAAGUACCUCACCUGAAUAUCUGAAUUUUAUUACUUCUUAAUGUCUUUUUAUGUGUACUUUAAAAAAAUCUUUCUUAUGAAGUAUAGAGUGGUAAACUUAAAGAAUAAAAAAGCCCCAAACCUAAACAGAUGGUUUAUGAAGCAGAGUAUAAGUGGAAGAUUCUGUGCUGGCCUUUACUCUUCGUGUAUCUGCAGCUUUGGGGCCUAGGUUGCAGCACAGCCCAGAGCCUGCCCCUCUCCUGCUUCCACCAUUGUCCUCUGCCUUGUUCUGCUUCACUGGGCGUGCUAGAGAAAUAGAUAGAUUUUCUCCUGGAAUGCCAUCAGUUUUUGUAAUAGCUGGAUGAGGUAUAGGUAAUUUGUUUUGAGUGUGUGGCAAAUUUGGGCCAGAAAUUCAAAAUUAGAAAUACAUUUUCCUGUUGAAUAUUUCUCUCUGAAACAGAAACGGGUCUCAAAUUCUUACAUGUUUAAUUCUUCCUGAAGUCACUGAAUUUUGCAUUUUAUAAUUAUUCUUAAUUUUUUAAACUGUGAGGAUAAAUCGCUCUCUAGUUUUUAUCAGCAAUAUUAAACUGCACUGUUAGCACUGCAGUACUGUUGUGAACGAUAGGAAAGAUACCUAUUCUUUGAGUCUUGUUACUGAAACAGUUUAAUAUAAGGACCUGAGAUAUCUGCAGUGUAUUCUGCUUUACUCUUUAAGGCUAGUCAAAUGUACAUGGAAACCAUUGUCUAAUCAACUUUAUCUUUAAUGAUGGUGAUGUAUCAUAUCUAAGUUUUGUAAUGAGUUUUCUUCUCUGUUACAAGGACUUGAAAUAUGAAGUGCACGUCAAUCUUUUGCUUUGCAUUUUACGUUCAGAGUAUGACUCAUAUGAAAUAAAUGUGCCUAUCUUAUUGUUCAGAUUUUAAA